UUUAAAGCGGUCAUAAUAAGUACAAACACCACAUCUUUACUGCAACACAAGCUUUCAGGAUAAACACAGACCAUUCAUUAAAGCCUAAUACUGAGGACUGAAAACAAAAGCCGCUAAUUGCAAACAGUCAAGGUCACCGUCGUUGUGUUAUCAAAUGAGUUCACUUUGUUACCUUUUUGUAGUAUCCGCUUCUGUACUCCUUACUUUAGGAGAUGCAGAGAUGGUUGGAGCACCCAGAAAACUGCAACCGAAUGAGGCAAAUUUAGAAAAAUUUAAUCAUGAGUUGGUCAAGGUAACUCAUAAAUUCAAUUCCGAGCAUGGAAACAGUAAUCUUCACAUCAUAACUAAGUUGGUAAAUGUGACCUCCCAGGUUGUUCAGGGGACUUUGUAUACAUUUUUCGUCAAGUUUUCCCCUACAUCGUGCACAACUUUUGCCAUUGACAACAUUCAUGUUUUGGAUGACAUUUCUCUUAAUCAGAAUUCUUGCUACGUAACUGAUGGAGAGAGUAAGAUUUGCAAAGUCACUGUAUGGCAAAGACCAUGGCUCCAAUCUGAUGCUUCUGAAAUAAUAAGAAUAGUUAAUUGUUCCACGGACACGAAUUGAUCUGCUCUCGUUCUAUGCUGUGUCAGUAAUUCAUGCAAUAAUGGGGAUUUAGAUUUUAACAUUUGAUGAUUCGUAUACCGCAAAGUUUGCUUCAUUCUCCAUGUGUGUAAUUUAUUCAUUAGUUAAUUAGAUUUCACUUUAACGGAAACAACUUAACUUCAUACUCUUCAUUUCUGGCGAUUCAUUAUCAAACCUAAUAGUCUCACUUGAUUUUGUUUGCAGCAGUAUAUUCUAGUAAAGUAAAUAUGAUUUUAUGAGGCUAAUAUUUUGCUGGUAGUUUACUUUUGAUUUCGUAUUUGGAGACUACUGAUAAACACUCCCUAUCUGGCAUUUAAAAACUUUUCUUUUAGCUGCUCUUUUAAAUUAUUCAUACAUGGGAUUUCAUUUUAAUUUCGGUAUUGUAAUUGUUGUACGUGUUUUAAACCGUGAAUUUAAAUGUUAUAAGUUGGAUUUAAUGUUGUUUGUCUUUUUAGUUCGGUAUGUAAUCAGAGCUUGUCAUAUCUUAUUUUUAACAAAAAUAAAAGGUGUGGGGAUUCUACCUCAUAAUCGUGAGAGACAUGUAUACUCACUAGAGCUACUUUUAAAUUCAGCCUUAAAUUCAAAACUUACAUAACUUGGGGUUGUUUUUAUUUUCCUGAUGUUUUGUGCAGGUUAUAUAAAUGAAAUAAAAAAUGACUCAUUUCGUCUUAUAUUACUUGUCACUACUAUUCAAUAUGUUUUGAUCACUCCUUACUAUUGUCUUUUAGAUUCAUUUCUACUGAACAUCAUUUUCGAAAAUAUUAGCUUAUAAAUAUCAGAUGAUUUAACUGUUGUUCAUGA